AUGAGUGUGUUGUCAUGGAAUAUAAGAGGACUGGGAUCGGAAUCUAAGAGCUCGUGGUGUAGGAAAUUAAAAGCGGAAAAUGAGAUCGGUUUUAUUCUUAUUCAAGAGACUCAAUUUGAAUCUUUGGAGAGGGUUAAUGUUAAUAGGUUUUGGGGCAGGGGUGAUAUGGAGUUUGAGCAUGUUGAUGCUUCAGGUAGGUCGGGUGGUUUGAUAUCUAUGUGGAAUCCUAGAUUGUUUGUUAAGGAGUCGGUAGUCAAAGAUCGGAACUUUUUGGUUGUCUCUGGGUAUCUAAAGGAAGAUGGUAGAAGGAUUACACUCAUCAAUGUUUAUUGCCCACAAAGGCUGAAUGAUAAGUGUGUUGUGUGGGAACAAUUAAAGUCGAUUAUUACGGAGGAUGGUGGGUUUUGGAUUGUGGGUGGUGAUUUUAAUAGUGUUAGAGAUUCAGUUGAACGAAGAAAUUCCAAUUUUAACAGGCUGGAUUCGGAGGCUUUUAAUGAAUUUAUUGAAGAUGCCGGGUUGGUGUAA